AUGGCGCUGACCGCUGCAAUUCUUGGCGUGCUGCUGGGUCUGUGCCUUCCGGGCGUGUGCACGCUGCUGAGCGCAGCCGGGCGUGCUGCAGCGCAUCUCUACACCUACGGCACGCCACCCACGCCUCGCGCCCCCCAAAGCGCUAGCGCACGCAUUGUGGGUGCGCCGCAAUUGCACAUGUACCUUGCAGCGUGGAGUGUCUUCCAUCUGCUCGAGUUUCUCGUGACUGCAUAUUGGAAUGCGCCACACCUGCGCUCUGACUCGUUCCUCUUACAAAAUGGUGCCAUGUAUGCUGCUGCGCAUAUAUUUGGGCUCCUCGAGUUUGCCUUGGAAAUGGCACUCUUUGCGCCGCUCAAAUGCAGCGUGUUGGCACAGGUGGCAGGGCUGUGUUUUGUCGCUGUCGGUCAAGUGCUGCGUUCCUUUGCCAUGGUGCAUGCAUCGACAAACUUUAGCCACGCGAUGGCCGAAAAGAAGCGCGAGAGUCACAUGCUUGUCAAAACCGGCGUCUAUGCCUACGUGCGUCAUCCCUCCUACGUGGGCUUUUUCUACUGGGCUCUCGGCACGCAGAUCCUGCUUUGCAAUCCGAUCGGCUUUAUACUAUUUGCCCUCGCGCUGCGUGCCUUCUUUGCCGACCGCAUCCGGCGCGAAGAGCAGCUCCUCCACCAAUUUUUUGGCGCGUCGUACGCACAGUACGCCUCCACAGUGCCUGCGGGCGUCCCUUUUGUCACGUGA